AUGAAUGAAGUUAAUAUUCUUAAAAAUUUAAACAAAACAUCUGGAUCGUGGUUAUUUUCUAGUUUAAAAAAUUUUACGAAUCUUUCUUUCGUACCAAAAUAUGAACCACCGAAGCCAAAUGAUUUAAUUCAGCUUGAAAAUUUCAUAAGAAAUAAAGGCAAAAUAUGUGUUUUAACUGGUGCAGGUGUUUCAACAGAAAGUGGAAUUCCCGAUUAUAGGUCUGAAGGAGUUGGAUUAUAUGCUACUAGUGAUAGAAGGCCUGUUUUAUACCAAGAUUUUAGAAAACAUGAUCAUAUCAGGAAGAGGUAUUGGGCUAGGAAUUAUAUCGCAUGGCCGAGGUUUUCGGAAUUCCAACCGAAUUUCAGUCAUAAAAUUCUUAAACAUCUAGAAGAUUUAAACAUUGUAUCAUGUAUUAUUACUCAAAAUGUUGAUAGAUUACAUUCAAAAGCAGGUAGUAGUCAUGUAAUAGAAUUACAUGGAACUGGUUACACUGUCAUGUGUUUAAACUGUGAUAGUAAAAUUAGUAGAAAAGACUUUCAGUAUAUUUUAGACAAAUUAAAUCCAACCAUUAACGCUAAUAGCAAAGAAAUACGACCUGAUGGUGAUAUUGAACUUUCAGACAAACAAGCCCAAGCGUUUGUUUUACCGUCUUGUGAAAAUUGUGGUGGUAUAUUAAAACCUGAUAUUGUAUUUUUUGGAGACAAUGUACCAAGACAUACUGUUGAACAAGUUCGACAUGCCGUUGACGAAGCUGAUGCGUUAUUGGUACUAGGUACAUCUCUAACUACAUUCUCCGGAUAUAGAAUAAUUUUACAAGCUGUUGAAGAAAAAAAGUCAAUUGCAAUUGUUAAUAUUGGUGAAACUAGAGCUGAUAAGUACGCAGCCAUUAAAUUAAAUUCCGGAUGUGGUGAAGUUUUUAAACAACUAUUUCCCAAUUUAAAUUUUCAUAGUUAG